AUGCUACAUAGGCUGGGAACAAUUGGACAGCGAGUUGCUAGGACGUUAAUUAAAUCGGUGGGUCUUGAUCCUGAGAGAGCGACGGCGAGGGGGGUGGAGGCGUUGGAUCGACGGUUUAUUUGUGGUGGGUGUUUGGAAGGGGUGGACGGCGAUCAGGGUGUGGAUGAAGGUCAGUGGGUGUUGACGUGGACUGAAUGUAUUCCACACCAAGUGGAAAUGUACCACAGACGAGGCCUACACAAUUGGGAUCAACACUCCGAGUCGUGGAUCCUUCUCUCCCCAGAAGCAGAGGCCUACGUUCGGAGUCGGGAACUUCCCCAUCCAUCAAGUUCAGAUAAAGUAUGGAGUUGUAUGCAUUGUGGAGUGCAUUGUCAUAAUUUUGUGAAAAGGAAUACGGCGGUGCAGCAUGUCAAGAAAGUGCAUUCCGUAUCAAGCCCAAGAGAAGGCACAGACAUCUUCGCAUACCCCGGACCAAAUGUCGACAGGAGCCCACGUCAACCGGUUCAUAUACCAUCUGAGAAUCUGGGCGUUGUGUUUCAGUGCUUAAAGUGCCGGAAGGAUAAAUGUAAAUUGUGGGCGAAAAAGGAGGCGCUCGUGCGUCAUUUGAGUGAUAAGUAUUUGAUUGGGGAGGCUGCACAAAUUGAAGGAGGGCGUUUGCGAUGA